AUGCCGACUGAAAAACCUUUUCACCACAGGGCUUCGCCAGCUCUGAAACAAACCAAUAAACCUUUCAAGUCAAAGCACGCGACAAAAAAUGCUCUUAAGGAUAAGAGUAAAGGCAAAGUGAAGCGCGUCUCAAUCAAAAACCAAGUAAAAGCACUUCCCACAAAAGCAGACCGACGCAAUACUGCAAAACAACAACAACAGAAACGAAGGGAGGCAUUAUUCAAAGCGAAUAGAUUUUUUGAUGGGUUGUUUGGAGCCCCGAAAAUUGUUGCCGUAAUUCCUUUAUGUCCCGAUGUUAAAUCUUACAAUGCAGUUGUACAUAUCUUUGGAAGUAUCAAUCAAACGGCACCGUCCCAUACAAAAGGAGUCGUUAUAUUAAAUGCUGAAAGAUUCAAACAAAAAGUACAAUUUAUUUUACUGGAACGUAAUUUCAUUGAUAUAUUAGAUGCAUGCAAAGUAGCAGAUUUUAUUGUAUUUGUAAUGUCUGCUGAGGUGGAAGUUGAUAACUUUGGUGAACAAUGUGUAAAAGCAAUUCAAGCGCAAGGUGUACCGACUGUUAUUGCUGCAGUUAUGCAUCUUGAGCUUCAAUCACCAAAAAAGCGUAAUGAUGUAAAAAAAUCACUUUUGAGCUUUUUAAAUUAUUUUUUUCCAGACGAGGAAAAAAUUCACUCUCUUGAUGUCUCUCAGGAAGCUCUUAAUGUACUGAGAACAAUCUGUACACAGCUUCCAAAAAACGUACAUUGGCGAGAUACCCAUCCAUACAUGCUAGCAGAUGAUGUUGGCUUUGAUGCUAAUUCUGAAGAUGAGAAUUUUGGAACUCUUCGAGUUACUGGAUAUGCGCGAGGAAAUCCUUUUUCAGCAAAUCGAUUAGUCCAUUUACAAAACUUUGGAGACUAUCAGUUGAUACAGGUUACUUCAUCCCCUGUAUCUAGUGAAAAGGCUAAUAAUGAAAUGGCAAUGGAUAUCAAAGUUUUAGACGUUCCAGUACCAGAUUUACAAGAAACAUUGGUGGCAGAGAAUGAACCUGAUUUCAUGUCAAAUGACCAAACAUGGCCAACUCGUGAAGAAUUAGAUGAGGUUCGAACGACAUCUAUGAAUUCUGAAGAUAUCCCUGACGCGAUACCUGGAACUACUCCUAAAAGAGUAUUGAAACGAGUUCCAAGAGGAACAUCAUCUUAUCAAGCGGCGCUUCGAGAAUAUAUGGAAAAGCUUUCAAAACAGCAGCGUGAUGAUUUGGAGUUUCCCGAUGAAGUAGACACGCCAAUCGAUAUGCCAGCACGAACUCGUUUCCAACGAUAUCGCGGACUACAAAGUUUUCACAAAUCCCCAUGGGACCCUUACGAAAAUUUGCCAGUUGACUACUCGCGAAUUUUCGAAUUUUCGAAUUACAAAAGAGCAAAGAAUCGUGUAUUAAGAGAAGCGAGCACUGAGGUUGUCAAAACGGGACAAAGAAUUACCUUGCAUGUUGCUAAUGUAUCAAAAGCUAUAUUGGAAAUAUUUAAUUCUUCUAGACCAUUUGUUGUAUUUGGUCUUCUCCGAUAUGAGCAUAAAAUGUCUGUUUUAAAUUUCAUUGUCACUAGAAAUAGUGAAUUUGAAGAACCGGUUAAGUCAAAGGAUCCUCUUAUACUUCACUGUGGUUUUCGGCGUUAUAUAGUUCGACCUUUAUACUCGGAAAAUACUCAAGGUGGCAAGAGAACUAACAAUGUGCAUAAAUUUGAGAGAUUCUUUAAUUUAGGACGUACGUGUAUGGCAACAAUAUAUGGACCUAUUCAGAUGGGAAAUUUGCCUGUUAUGCUUUACAAAGAUACAGGAGAUGUUAAUGCUCCUAUAUUAGUUGCAACUGGCACUUUUACUAAUGUUGAACCGAAGCGUAUUAUCGCCAAACGUAUCUGUCUUACCGGAUAUCCUUUUAAAGUUCACAAGAAAUCUGCAGUUAUCCGUUAUAUGUUCUUUAAUUCUGAUGAUGUGUCAUGGUUCAAACCUAUACAAUUAACAACAAAAUAUGGUCGCACCGGGCAUAUACGCGAAUCACUCGGAACUCAUGGGUACAUGAAAUGCGUGUUUGAUGCCCCAAUUGGACAACAAGAUACUAUAAUGAUGAAUCUCUAUAAGCGUGUGUUUCCUAAAUGGAAUUCAACGAUUCUGUGGCGGGGUGGACUUGAAGGGAAAGUUGAAGAGAAUAAUGUGCAGGUGAUCACCAAAGAAAUGGAUACUCAACAAUAA